AACAUCACAUUAUCAACUCGAAGUAGCUAGCGGCAACAGCAAUUGAGCUUUUGCAUUUGAAGCUUCACAGCACGACCACGAACUCGCUGAACUGAAGUGCAGCUUCUGAAAAACCCUCAAUAAUGUAUUUGAUUAAAGCUUCGAACUUGACACCUUCACCGUUACCAUUCUUCACUACAACGACCAAAUUCUCUUCCCACUUUUGCACAUUUCUAUGUAAUAUUCCCAGAAAGCCCCUUGCUUUGCGCGCCAAGAAGAGAACCUCAGAUUCUGAGCCGCUUCUAGAACCUUCUCUCCUCCAAGAAGUAUCCUUCGACGACGAAGAAGAAGAUGACGAACUCCUUGACGAAUUUGAAUUUGAAGCUGAACUGGAUGAUGAUGAUGAUGUUAUUGUUGAUGACGGUGAUGAUGUUGAUGUCGGUGCUGGUGAGGAUGAAGAAGAGGAGGAGUAUGAAGAUGGCGAUGCCGUAGUCUAUGUUGGUGAUGGCGGAGCAGGUGGUGGAAUCUCCCUUGCUGGGACAUGGUGGGAUAAGAAGGCACUAGCCAUUGCUAAAGAAGUUACUGCCUCUUUUGAUGGUGACCUGCAAAUUUAUGCCUUUAAGACUUUGGUCAAUUCCACCAUUCUAGUGCGCAUUGAAAGGCUUACCAACAAGUCUGGCUCCCCAACAAUGGAAGAUAUUGAAGCCUUUUCUACAACCUAUAGAACAAAAUUGGAUGAAGCAGAGAUUGCCAAAUUUGUUCCUGAAAAUUUGAGUUUGGAGGUGUCUUCUCCAGGUGUUGAAAGAAUAGUUCGGAUUCCAACCGACCUGGAUCGAUUCAAGGACCGGCCUAUGUAUGUGAAUUACUCCAUUGUUAAUGAUUCUGAUAAUUCAUCUGCAGAAGGUGAUGGGGUCUUCAGGCUUGAAUCCUUUGACAUGGAAACUAAGUGUUGCACGUGGGGUAUAGCUGAUGUGAGAGUCAACAGAGGGAAAGGAAGACCACUGAAUAAGAAGCAAAGAGAGUGGCGGUUAAGCACUCCCUUUGAUUCAUUACGUUUAGUACGGUUGCACUCUGAUAUUUAAAUUAAUUAUUCCCCCAAAAAAAGUGUUAAUGACAUCUCCAUCUUCAUGUGCAAGUCUGUGUAGAUAAUUAGGGGAACAGUUCACACAUAGAUCCAUAUUCGUUAAAUUUUUGAAUUUUUGAAACUUGACAAGUUUGAGGUCUUUGUGGAUUCACUGAAUUGUAAUUUCCCUUUUGUGGAUGGUAAAUUACAAAACUGGUGAAGAGAUAUAUACUGUAGGAAACAUUUCAAGUGCACCAGUAGUACCGGUGCACCAGUUGUUUUAACCGUUUUAAGUGCACCGGUAGUACCGGUGCACCAGUUAUUUUAACCGUUGAUCUGAAUUAUAAAAAAUAUAUAUAAUAUAUAUUAAUUGAAAUCAACGGUUAAAAUAACUGGUGCACCGGUACUCCCCGGUACACUUGAAAUGUUUCCUAUACUGUAUUAUGGAAUCAAUAAGCAAACUGAAACCAGGGGGAUAUAUAUUAUUCCAUUCCUUAAUUUAUGACUCCAUCCAUUGGUUAAUGCACUGCGUUGUAAUCUUUAUUCUAUGCUUGGCAGAAUCAUUUUUCUC